CUCCCCAGAUUCACACAACCUCACGAACACGAACACGCUCUCUAUACAUCUUUCAUAUUCUCAUCAAUGACCGUCGCACAGGACUUACCCUCACGCGUUAGGGGCUGUUCGAACGCUUCUCAUCAACCAAACGGCGCCAGCGAGCCUACCAACGGACACGCAAAUGGUGUUCACAAAUCCCCACAUGUAGUCGACGGAUUCGCCACAAGAGCGAUUCAUGUAGGGUCCGAGCCGAAUCCAGAAACAGGGGCUGUCAUCCCUCCCAUCAGUCUGAGUACCACGUACGCGCAGGACGGCGUCGGAGUCCAUAAGGGCUAUGAAUACUCUCGGUCAGGAAACCCCAACCGAAACGCUUUGGAAAGAACACUCGCAGCUAUAGAGACUGGAGGAUCCGAAGCCAUUACCUUUGCUUCAGGCUCCGCAACAACCGCCAUAGUAAUUCAGUCCCUCGGACCAUCAGCACAUGUUAUUUCCGUCAAUGACGUUUACGGAGGAACAUACCGGUAUAUCGCACGGGUGGCCGCGACGACACAAGGCGUGGAAUCUACGUUCCUUGAUCUCGAGAACAUUGGCCCUGGCACCGAAGGCGAACGCCGCCUUAUCCAAGCCCUUCGACCUAACACAAAGAUCAUCUGGGUUGAGACCCCCACCAAUCCUACCCUUCGUGUGAUAGACAUCGCAAGACUCACACAGGUCUUAGACCAACAAUACCCACCCCACUCCCCGAAUGCUUCCUCGAGACCCUUACUCCUCGUCGAUAACACUUUCGCGUCGCCCUAUUACUCCUCUCCCCUCCUCCUUGGUGCCGAUAUCGUCCUUCAUUCACUCACCAAGUACAUCAAUGGGCAUUCAGAUGUUGUCAUGGGCGCUCUCAUAUUACCCGCCCGACUCGCCGCUACCACCGAAUACCUUCGUUACCUUCAAAACGCAACCGGAGCUGUUCCCUCAGCAUACGACAGUUGGUUAGCUCAACGUGGAAUUAAAACCCUCCACGUCCGGAUGAAGCAACACGGUGUUAAUGCUCUUCGGAUAGCGAAGGCUCUUCAGCAAGAACCUGAUGUUGAGGAGGUUAUCUACCCAGGUUUAGGCAAGGAGCGUUCGGUGAAUGCUUGGAGGAACCUUAGUCCUCAUGCUAAGAAAUGGAUUGAGAAUGAGGGGCUUUUGGGCGAAGACGGAUCUUUCCCGUGCUCUGGAAUUGUCUCCUUCCGACUCAGGAAGCCAACACCGCACGCAACUGAUGAUGAAUACGCGGCUUUGGCUUCUCAGUUCUUGAAGAACCUUAGACUGUUCAUGUUGGCGGAGAGUUUGGGCGGUGUUGAGAGUCUUGCGGAAGCUCCGGCGAGAAUGACACAUGCUAGUAUUCCUCCCGAGGAACGGGAGAUGUUGGGUAUCGGCGAGGGCCUUAUCAGGUUGAGCAUUGGCAUUGAGGAAGCAGAAGAUCUGCUGGAUGAUCUCAGGGCGGGAUUACGAAGUGUUUAUUAAUUGGACUAAGUUAUUCUCUUGAACCUUCUUAGAUGCAUCACAUUCUUGUCCUUUUACAAAAAAAAAUCGGCAUGUUUUCCGUGGUUUAAUUGUACAUACACUGUAAAUUAUUCAGAAUCGGCGUAAUGUAAACUUUUUAUAUAUGGUAAUUGGUUGCAAU